UUUUUUUUUUUUAUUUUUAUUUUAUUAUUAGUAUUAUUUUUUUAUUAUUCUAAUAUUCAUCAAGUGAUUCAUUUACUUGUUACCAGUUGUUGUCAUCCUUACCUUCGUCUCCUUAUUCUAAUACACCAUCCAUGAAACGUAUAUCUACCAACAAGUCCACUACACGAAAAUCUGAUGCUCGUCCUUCAUCACCUUUAGACCUUUCAACUGUUAAAACAACAAAUGACGCAGUACCACGAACACGAGAACGUAUUUUUGGAUUAACAGAAGCACCAACAUAUCAUCCAACAACGGAAGAAUUCAAAGAUCCUCUUGGAUACAUUCGACUCAUUCAACCAGAAGCUGAACAAUAUGGCAUUAUCAAAAUCGUCCCUCCCAAAAACUACAAACCGGACUUUUGCUUAAAUACGGAGAUCUUUCGCUUCAGAACUAGAAUUCAAAAACUGAACAGUAUGGAAGGUGAAACAAGAACCAAUCUCAACUAUCUGGAACAAUUACAAAAAUUUCAUAAACUACAUGGACGACCUAUUCAACGUAUUCCUCACUUGGAUAAACGUCCUAUUGAUCUAUAUAAGCUCAAAAAAGAAGUGGCGCAAAAAGGUGGCUAUCAAAAGGUGUGUGAUGAAAAACGAUGGGCUGAAAUUGGUAGAGAACUUGAUUAUACUCGAAGACAAUGUACCUCAAUGUCCAAUGCUCUCAAAUCUGCUUAUAGUCGUGUUAUUCUACCCUAUGAACUUUGGCUGGCAAAAUACAAGAACCGAUCAACUCCUGUACCAGUCGAUACACAUGAUGAUGAUGAUGAUGAUCAUGCAAGCGAAGAUAGUAGUCAAUUAUGUGAAAUUUGUCAUACUGACGACAAUGCCCAUCAACUUUUACUAUGUGAUGAUUGUGAUCGUGCCUAUCAUAUGUCUUGUUUAUCUCCUCCUUUGACUUCUGUACCUCCAGCUGAAUGGUAUUGUAUCAAAUGCCUCACGGCUGCUGGUGGUGAUUAUGGUUUUGAAGAUGGUGAUGAAUAUUCUCUAUCCGAUUUUCAAACCUUUUGUGACAAUUUUAAAAAGAAGUGGUUUUCUAAGAAGCAACCUGUUGAACAAUCCCAAUUGGUAACUGAGGAAGAUUGUGAAGAUGAAUUUUGGCGUUUGGUAGAUGAUCCUCAUGAAACAUGUCAAGUGGAAUAUGGUGCUGAUCUUCAUAGCACACAACAUGGCAGUGGAUUUGCUUCUGUUGAACGUGGACCUGAUGGUGUUAAAGGCGAUGAUCCUUGGAAUCUCAAUAUGAUCCCCAUUCUUCCUGACUCCUUGUUUACGCAUAUCAAAACAGAUAUUAGUGGUAUGAUGGUCCCUUGGUUAUAUAUUGGAAUGUGCUUCUCGGCUUUUUGUUGGCACAAUGAAGAUCAUUUUACUUAUUCUAUCAAUUAUAUGCAUUGGGGUGAAACAAAGACAUGGUAUGGUGUACCUGGCGAAGAUACUGCCAAGUUUGAAGAUACAAUGAAAAAAGCUGUCCCAGAACUCUUUGAACAACAACCCAAUCUGCUCUUCCAGUUAGUCACAAUGCUUAGCCCUGGUCGUUUAUUGAAAGAAAAAGUACGCGUAUAUGCUGUGGAUCAGCGUCCAGGUGAAUUUGUUGUCACAUUCCCAAAAGCCUAUCAUUCUGGAUUUAAUCAUGGUUUCAAUUUUUGUGAAGCUGUCAAUUUUGCUCCAGUGGAUUGGGUACAUCUUGGCCUUGAAUGUGUCAAACGCUACAAAGAAUAUCGACGUCAACCUUGCUUCUCUCAUGAUGAAUUACUAGUCAACGUUCUCAAAAUGGAUCUUACCAAAAAGAAUGCAAAAUGGCUUAAAGAUGCUUUACAGGAUAUGCAAGAAAGGGAAACGACUGAAAGGAAACAAUGCAAGAAAAAACAUCCUCAAAUCAAGCAAUUGGGAUGGUAUGACAAUGAUGAUUCUAAUGAACAACUACAAUGCCUUUUCUGUCACUGUUACACUUACCUGUCCCACGUCACAUGUUCAUGCACUAAAAGGGUAGCAUGCUUGAACCAUAUAGACGAGUUAUGUGAAUGCUCAGACAACAAGAAGAACGUCCGUAUACGAUUCUCUGAUGAACAAUUAGGACAAUUAGUUGAAGUGGCAUUCAAAGUAGCGCGUACAACAUCCGAUUGGGAAAGCAAAACAAGACAAAUUUUCUCUGGUGGAACUUUACCUAGCAUACAGCAUUUACAACAACUACUAAAAGAGGCAGACAACAUCGGUGUACCUUUUGAAGAAACAAGGCAGGUUCGCAAUUUUUUGGCACAAGUACAACAAUGGGAACAUCAAGCAUCAGCAUUCUUGGAGCCAAUAGAUGGAUUAAAUCAGCAGAUAACUUUUGAUUUGAAGGUCAACUAUAAUGGCGAUCGAUACCGACAGCUUACUUCUUUAUUGAAAGAAUCAAAAACUAUAGCAUUUGAAUCACCUACCAUCAACCGACUAGAAAAUUUGAAGAAUGAAAUUGAUGAAUUCAAACAACAAGCACGAUCUCUAGUUUCCAAGGAAGAUAUAGCUACCUCCGAAAUAGAACACAUGUUACAUCGUGGUACCUCACUCAAAACAGAUGUUGAAGAAAUGGGUUUAUUGGUGAUAACUCUACGUCAACGAUAUUGGAUGGACGUAUUGGAACCUCGAGCUAUGCAAUUACCAUUGGAUCAUAGUGCAAUUUUGGAUUUGAAAAAGGAAGCUGACGAAUGCAACAUACCUACAAGCAAUGCAAAAUAUCAAGCCAUGGAAAAUAAGUUACGGCUAGGGGAAGGAUGGGUAAAACAUGCUCGUCGUCUAUUACCUGGUGGAGUUGGAAAUCGUGAUGCAACAUUGGAAGAUUUGGAUGAAAUUCUCAAUGUGGACCAAGAUGUACCGACUCUACGAAGUGUUUAUCAAGAGCUUCAGGAAUUUAGAAAGAAAAUAUCACAUUGGAUGUUACAAUUCACUCGAACGAUGAUGCAAUGCAAGCAACAACAAUUAUUACACCGACCGACUGCUGAAGAUGUACAUAUAUUACAACAAGAAAUGCAACAGUUUCCUUCCGCCAUGGUGCAACAAGAAUCUGCAACACUUAACCACGAAUUAAAACGACUCGAUGAUUGGACGAUGAAAAUCAAAAGAUUGCUAACGUAUCGAAUCAGCCCACCAAAAACUUUUGAUACUAUUUUACACGAUAUGUAUACAAAUAUUGAACAUAUUUUAGAAAUGCACCAGGAAUCGAAAAAGCCACCAUCGCAUAACAGAUAUUCGAAAAAAGCAACCCGACCUUAUUGUGUUUGCCGUGAACCUGAAUCUGGAUUUAUGAUUAAUUGUGAUGUUUGUCAAGAUUGGUAUCAUGGUAGCUGUGUCAAGGUCUCAAGACGACAAUUGAAUCCCAACUCCAGUUAUGUAUGCCCUGUAUGUGAUCCCUCCUUUGAUUUUGCUCACUUUUCCCGUCGUCCCAAAUUUGAAGAAAUCUGUGAAAUGAUGGAUGAAGCCAAAGAUCUUUUACUGGUGCCACAAGUUUACCCAAAAUUACAAGAAAUCGUAUUGAUGAUGACUUCCUACCGUGAUGAACUUUAUUCCUUUUGCCGGUCAAAAACUAUCCUUGGUGUGGAUGACAUUUAUACAAUUAAACAAUAUCUUAGGGAACUCUAUGGUCUGUCCAUCGCUUUGGAAGAUGAAACGGAAUUCCUAUGCAAAAAAGUGCGUGAAUUAUCAAACCAUGAUCGACAACUGCAGAAACAAAAUCAUCAACAAUAUUAUCAAUCAUCAAACCAUAUUCAUCCUCCUACGCCUAUGGAUGUCAAUAUAGAACAUCAAAAUAACAACAUAUAUCCGGUGAAUUCAUCUCAACAUUCUAUAACAACUUCAUCUUCUUUAUCUCAAAAUUCAUUUGACAACACAUCAACAUCAUCACAUAUGCCUCGUCCUACCAUCAAACUUACAUUGAAUCCACCAUUAUCACCUUCUUCCACAUCUUCAUUAUCACAUUAUCAGGACGAUCAUCGAAAUCAAAGCUACUCAACAACCACUGACUUACUGGACAAGAAACGCAAAUAUGUACCUGCUGGAGAAAACGCCAAUAGAAGACGACCAAGAAGAAACUCAAAUGGAUUUACUCAUUUACAAGAUGGAAACAGCUCUACGCCAACCGUAACCCCUGAAAUUCGAUUCAAAUCCUAUCACUACUAGCAAAAAAAAAAAAAAAAAAAAAAACCAAUACAUAUUCUAUACAAUGUUUAGCUUUCCUUUUUUUUUUUCUGUGUAUACAAUAAAGUAAUAAUAAAAAAAAAAAACCUGCGG